GGAGGGCAAUGCUGAGAUGUGGGGUUUAGUGCUGCCCAGCACAAAGGUAUACCUACUGUUAUGGACCUUUUGUUUUGGCAACCACGGACUAUAUGUCACUCGUCAAAACAGCCAGCAGGAAGGGAGGCGAUAAUUUUAGAUCUCCACCGUGGUCCAUGUGGACGGAAAAAACUGAUUUUACAAUCUGACUCAGAAUCCUUUGCUGAAUACCAUCUGUUUUGAAUAUUAUACUGCAAAACCGGCCAUGUCGAAUGCGUAUUUGCAUCUGGACGUCGAAGCUAGCUAGCUAGCUAGCUAACUGGAUAGCAGCAAACCACUGUACGCUUCCCCUCUGUGAUGGUUGGUUUGUGCUAACGCUGGCAGGGAUUCCAGGCGUCGAGCUCCUCCUAUGCUGCUUGAAAACCGACGCUAUUUGAUGGUGUGUUCAGCUGGCAAGCGAAGGAAAAUGUAAAAUAUUAGCGAACAAAGUCGAAGACACGGGGGCAGAUUCCCAGUCAGUGAUUGAGGUACUGGGAUUGACACCUUUAUCUCCACCACCUCUCUCUCCCUCCUGGUGUGGAUGGGGGAGAGGAUGGCGUCCCACCUCCCUGUCCACCUGCUACUGCUGCUUGUGGCCUGGGCCCCGGGGUGCAGAGCAGGGGACUGCAAGGGCCACAGGCAGGUGUUGAGGGGACCUCCAGGAUAUGUCACAGAUGGACCUGGGAACUACUCUGUUAACGGAAACUGCGAAUGGCUCAUCAAAGCCCCCAGCAACAACCAUCGUAUUGUCCUGAACUUCACCUUCAUGGAGACAGAAUGCACCUACGAUUACCUGUUUGUCUACGAUGGAGACUCGUACCAGAGCCCCCUACUGGCCAGUCUGAGUGGCAACACCCUGCCUCAGCCCAUAGAAGCCAAGUCUGGCAAGAUGCUGCUUCACCUGUUCAGCGACGCUAAUUACAAUCUUCUGGGAUUCAAUGCCACCUACACGUUCUCUGUGUGCCCUGGUGCUUGUGGGGGCCAGGGGCGCUGCGACACAGCUUCCUCCCAGUGUCAGUGCCUCUCGGGCUGGGGAGGAGUGGACUGCACCACCCCUCUCUGCCCCCAGGCCUGCGUCUUGCACGGCACGUGUGACAAGAGAGGAGAGCGCUGCCUCUGCAACUCGGGUUUCCUGGGUCAGAGCUGUCAGCUCGGUCUCCGUGAUGACAGCGGGGCGGGGCAGUGGUGGAACGUAAACGGGGGCGACCCGUACACGCCUGCCAGGACAGGGUCAGCUGGGGUCUACCUGUCCUCCACUGGAGCCAUGUACCUGUUCGCAGGGUUCGACCUAAACAGAGCACUGGGAGACUUGGUGAAAUACAACUUCAGCUCCAACCAGUGGGAGAACAGGUCCUAUGGACACUCUCCAGUGGCCCGUCACUCUCACACAGCGGUAGAGUGGAAUAGUCAAAUGGUCAUCUUCGGGGGCGAGCUCGCUAGUGGGGCCCUGGCUAGUGACGUCUGGGUUUACCGGCCACUUCUGGACGACUGGAAGCAGCUCGGCCAAUCGGAUUCCCCUGGGGCCCCGAGACUUGCCAACCACGCGGCAGCCGUCGUGGACGAUUAUCUCUACGUGUUCGGAGGGCGCACCGAGGAGGACAUGUUCUCCUCGUCCCUGUAUCGCUUCAGCCUGCAGGCCCCUGGGCUGUGGGAGGCGGUCCAGGCCACGGGGGGGAAGCCUCCAGCCACCGCGGGCCACUCCAUGGUGUUCCACCAGCCCUCCAGGACCCUGCUGGUGUACGGGGGCCACAGGCCCACCACGGCCAGGUUCAGUGUGCGGGUUAACACCACAGACGAGUUUCACGUGGAGCGGAGGUUCUGGACCUCGUUUCGCUCCCGUUUCCCGGCAACGGGGCCCAGAGAGAGGGCCUUCCACUCCGCCACGGUCAUCGGCAAUUACAUGGUGGUCUACGGUGGGAACGUCCAUAUCCAUUACCAAGAGGAGAAGUGCUACGACGAGGAGAUCUUCUUCUACCACCUGGGCUGUCACCAGUGGGUGUCUUCUGGAGAGAGCCUCGUGCACAGAGGAGAGGCUGUGAGGGGGCGCUACUCCCAUGUAGCUGCCGUGAUGGAAGGGAGAGUGCUUCUGGUUGCCGGGGGUUACAGUGGCGUUGCCCGUGGAGACCUGGUGGCUUACAAAGUUCCGCUGUUUGUCAGCAGCGACCCAGGAGACAGGGACGCCGUGUGUGCCGAAGCACCAGACGAGAGCAUGUGCUUGAAGAACCCAGAAUGCAGCUGGUGUGAGGGGCGAUGUCGGGAGUACCAACCCAACGACCCGUGUGGCAGUACGGGCUGCCUGGGUCUGGCCCGGUUCCUGUCCGACUGCCAGUCCUGCUUGGUGUUCAGCGGAACGCCCAAGUCCCUUCCCCGCACGCCAGGAGACUUCGGCUGGUGCGUCCAGAACGAGUCCUGCCUGCCCGUGUCAGAGCGCAGUGCGUGCCGUGUGGACCAGAUCUCCGGGGCGUACGGCUGGUGGGGAGAGCGUACCCGUUUCCUAACCUCCCUCCACCUCUGUCGCACCGACAACUAUGUCCCAGGACUGCACCUGCUCACCUUCCAGCACCCCCGCAACGACUCCCAGCCCGACAAGGUGGCCAUCCUCCGCAGCACCUCCAUCAUCCUCAGCCCCACCACGGAGAUGGACGUCACCCUGCAGUUCCGGGGCUUCAUCCACCCGCUGUGGGGUGCCCCCCCGCCGGCGCCCCCCCCCACCGAGACGGUCUCCAUGUCGGCCCGCAUCCAGAGGCUCCACUUCGAGGCUCGCAUGGCCUCCGGACCCAACUCCUUACAGCUGAAGGAGGUGGUGGGUCGCUGGGCGGCUCACCAGGAGAAGGAGACCAAGCUGCUGUCCCGCCCAGACGGGAGUGUCCUGUUCCCCAACCUGACCCGGGGGAACCACUACCUGGUCCAGGCCGAGGGCUACCUGAAUAACUCCGGCUCGGGCCAGACCAGCGAGAUGGCCCUCAUCUGGAACAGGACUGCUCUACCCGGGGGCAGUGAGAUUUCCUUCCUGUUCCUGGAGCCGUACCGCUCCGGCUCCUGCUCGGGGUACCAGUCCUGCCUGGCCUGCCUGUCGGACCAGUCCUGCGGCUGGUGCCCCUCCCUGGCCCGCUGCCUGGCACGCGCCGGCCUGCACCUGGAGCUCUGCCCGGAGGACUCGGGGGAAGGAGAGCACCACCUGCUGUUGGCACCGCAGCACUGCACCCUGUGUGAGGAAUACAGGGACUGCUCCGCCUGCACCCAGGACCCUUACUGUGAAUGGCAAAUCAACUCAAGCAAGAAGGCUGACUACCAAUGCAGCCGACGGGGGAGGCUGGAAGGUUCCAUUCGAGAUCCGGGGGUGUGUCCGAAAGUGUGCAACCAGAGGAAGACAUGCGGGGAGUGUCUGUCCAACUCCAGCCAGUGUGCCUGGUGUGAGUCCGCCCAGGCCUGCUUCUACUUCGCGGCCUACCUCACCAAGUACCCCUACGGAGAGUGCAGGGACUGGUACGACAGUGUCCACUCUGUACCCCAGUGUAAGCAGUGCUCUGCCCUGGCUACCUGCACUGACUGUCUGGAGACCUUCCAGUGUGGCUGGUGUGGGGACUACAACAACCCCACCAUCGGCAGGUGCCUGAGAGGGGACUGGGCGGGUUUGGACGAAGCGUCCGUCUAUAACUGCAGUGUCGCCGUGGCAGACGUGCGAGCCACAAGCCCCGAGCCCCAGACCUCGGCCCCCCCGCGGCCCAUGGAGAUGGACAUGGAGCUGGAGCACAUGGAGGAGGGGGACCAGGAGGCCGUGUGGUCCUACCCCACCUGCCCUGACGUGGAGGAGUGCCGGCUGGGCCUCCACAACUGCCACCCCUUUGCCACCUGCGUCAACACGCCCACCUCGUACGAGUGCCACUGCGAGAGGGGCUACACUGGAGACGGUACCCUGCACUGCAACCAGACAUGCUAUAACGAGUGUCGUGAGGGCCAGUGCAGCGGCAGCCCCAGGUUCGAGUGCGAGUGCUCCCUGGGCUGGACCUCUGACCCGGCCACGCUGGUGCUGAGCGGGGUGGAGUGUGACGUGGACUGUGGCUGUAACUUCCACAGCACCUGCAUCACCGCUCCAGGCAUCUGCGACCAGUGCCAGGAUUGGACCACGGGGCCCCAGUGUGAGCACUGUCGCCCGGGGAGCUUUGGCUCGGCUCUGGCCAGCGGGGGAGGCUGCGUGCCCUGCCAGUGUAACGGCCACGGGGACCCCCAGCAGGGCUACUGCCACAACCAGACGGGCCAGUGCUACUGCACACACCACACCCAGGGGGCCCACUGCGAGGCCUGCCUGCCAGGCUACUACGGAGACCCCAGUGAUAACGGCACCUGUUUCCGUCAGUGUCAGGGCCGCUCCGUGCUGCUGUCCUCCUCCUCCUCCUCCCCCCUGCCCGUGUCCUCCUCUCUGGGGUGGCGGGGGGGCGUGGGGGGCAGGGGCGGCCUGUCCCACUGCCUGUGGGUGCUGUCCGUGUCGGAGACCCUGACCCCCUGCCUGCCCGGCCAGCUCUGUCCCCCUGUGGCUCUCACCCUGCACCCUGACUCCCAGACGCAGUGCAGUAGCUCCUAUGUCUACGUGUUUGACGGCCUGCCUCAAUUCCUGGCCAACGGGGCGGUGCACUCCGACCACAACCUGAUUGGUGCUUUCUGUGGGACGACCCGGACUCAGCCAACCACUGUGGAGGCCACCUCGGGUGUUAUCUCUGUCUACUUCGAGGCCAACGUGUCAUCGGACCGGCCCCAGGGCUUCAACGCCUCUUUCUGGGUGCGUCGCUGCCGCCAGGGCCAGGAGGAGACGGAGGAGGGGGCGCCGGUGUGCCAGGGGGUGGCCCAGUGCCGCGGGGGCCUGUGCCAGUGUCCCCACGGUUACGGAGGGCCUCACUGCGACAGGCUGCUGUGCCCCCAGGACUGUGGGCUAGCAGAGGGCCGGGGGUCCUGCAACAUGUCUCUGGGAGUGUGCGUGUGCUCUGAGGGCUGGGCUGGCUCUGACUGCUCUGCUCCAGUGGACUCCAGUAGCCUGGUGUGGGAAACUCUACUGGACACACAGCUCACGGCGAACCAGGCCCACAGGUUCCUCCACAGAAUGGGCCACACCCUGGUGUCUGGGCCCCAGGGGAACCUGUGGAUGUACGGGGGACUCUCUCUGUCUGAGGGCAUCCUGGGAAACGUUUACAGGUACUCGGUCAACGACCGUCGCUGGACUCAGAUGUUAACCAGCUCGGUGGACGAGAGCUCCGCCCCCAGACCUCGCUAUUACCACGCCUCCGCCCUGCUGGCCAAUCGCGAGCCUCUCUCACCGAGUCACAACAUCAUGCUGGUGGUGGGCGGGAUCACCCAGAAGGGAGUGGCGAAUGACACGUGGAGCCUGAACCUCAGCAGUCUGGUGUGGAGGCAGUACAAGAGCUCGCUGCAGCCCCCAGUGGCGGGCCACUCGCUGACGGUGCGGAGGGACUCGUCUGUGCUGCUCAUCGGCGGUUAUUCUCCAGAGAACGGCUUCAACCACCACCUGCUGGAGUUCAACCCCCACUCUGGAAACUGGACCAUCGCCCCCCACACCGGAACGCCCCCUACAGGCCUGUACGGCCACUCGGCGGUGUACCACGAGCAGACUGACGCCGUGUACGUGUUCGGAGGCUACCGCUUCAACGUGGAGACAGUGGAGCCCUCAGGGGAACUGUACAGUCUGUACUACCCCAACCUCACCUGGUCUCUGCUGGUCCCCUCACAGGGCAGUAAGGUAGGUGACCUCACACACACACUCAGCCUCACCUGGUCUCUGCUGGUCCCCUCACAGGGCAGUAAGGUAGGUGACCUCACACACACACUCAGCCUCACCUGGUCUCUGCUGGUCCCCUCACAGGGCAGUAAGGUAGGUGACCUCACACACACACUCAGCCUCACCUGGUCUCUGCUGGUCCCCUCACAGGGCAGUAAGGUAGGUGACCUCACACACACACUCAGCCUCACCUGGUCUUUGCUGGUCCCCUCACAGGGCAGUAAGGUAGGUGACCUCACACACACACUCAGCCUCACCUGGUCUUUGCUGGUCCCCUCACAGGGCAGUAAGGUAGGUGACCUCACACACACACUCAGCCUCACCUGGUCUCUGCUGGUCCCCUCACAGGGCAGUAAGGUAGGUGACCUCACACACACACUCAGCCUCACCUGGUCUCUGCUGGUCCCCUCACAGGGCAGUAAGGUAGGUGACCUCACACACACACUCAGCCUCACCUGGUCUCUGCUGGUCCCCUCACAGGGCAGUAAGGUAGGUGACCUCACACACACACUCAGCCUCACCUGGUCUUUGCUGGUCCCCUCACAGGGCAGUAAGGUAGGUGACCUCACACACACACUCAGCCUCACCUGGUCUUUGCUGGUCCCCUCACAGGGCAGUAAGGUAGGUGACCUCACACACACACUCAGCCUCACCUGGUCUCUGCUGGUCCCCUCACAGGGCAGUAAGCCCAUGUUCCGUUACUUCCACACAGCGGCCCUGAUGAAAGACACCAUGGUGGUAGUGGGCGGGAGGACCGAGGACGAGGACUACAGCAACUCUGUGUCCCUCUACCAGAUCAACUGUAACACCUGGAUACAGCCUGCAUCGGCGGUGGGCGAACCGAUCAACCGCUCUGUGUCCCUGGCCAUGGCGGCGUGGGACGGGCGCCUGUUCCUCUCGGGGGGGUUCAACGGGGUGACUCUGGGGCGCCUCCUCACCCUGACCGUGCCCUCGGAGCCCUGCGCCCUGCUGCUGACCCCCGAGGCCUGCAACGGCACCACGGGCAGCUGCGUGUGGUGCCGGGGCAGCUGCACCUCCGCCGAUGUGGCCGAAAGGACCGGCUGUGCCAUUGGCCAGUCGUCCUGCUCCCCCACGCCCCGCCUCCAUGACCAGUGUCGCAGGCUGAAGACCUGCAGCGAGUGUCUCGCCAGGCACCCCCGAAUCCUCUCUAGCCACUCCCAGCUGGCCCCGCCCUGCAAGUGGUGCACCAACUGUCCGGAGGGCGCCUGCAUCAGCAGCUCCGUCAGCUGCACGUCGGAGCACGACUGCAGGAUCAACCAGCGGGAGAUCUUCCUGUCCAGCAACUGCACGGAGACCAGCUGCGACGCCUCCGACUGCCCCAAGUGCACCGCCUCGGGGAAGUGCAUGUGGACGCGCCAGUUCAAACGCACGGGAGAGACCAGGCGCAUCCUGAGCGUGAACCCCACCUACGACUGGACGUGCUUCAGCUACGCCCUCCUCAACGUGUCCCCCAUGCAGGUGGAGUCGUCCCCGCCCCUGCCCUGCCCCACCCCCUGCGACCAGCUCCGCAACUGCACCCUCUGCCUCAACUCCAACGGCUCGGACGGCGGCUGGCAGCACUGCGUGUGGAGCAUGGCCCUGCAGCAGUGCAUGAGUCCGUCCUACGUGCCGCUGCGCUGCGAGGCGGGCCAGUGCGGACGCCUGCUGUCCAGAGGAGACUCCUGCUCGCCCCAGUGUGCCCAGCUCUCCCAGUGUUCCCAGUGCAUCGCCAGGCCCCAGUGUGGCUGGUGCGCUGCCAGGGGAGCCAAUGGGGUGGGCCGCUGCCAGCAGGGAGGGCUGGAUGGUGUGAGCGAGGGGGUGUGCCCCCAGAGGAACAGCAGCUGGUCCUUCCUGUUCUGCCCCGAGGAGGACGAGUGCGCCAACGGCCACCACGACUGCAACAGCACCCAGGACUGCCACGACAUGCCUCAGGGCUACCACUGCACCUGCAAGCACGGCUACCUCCUCAGCAGUGUGUCGGGCCAGUGUGAGCCGGUGUGUGCGCAGGGCUGUGUGAACGGCUCGUGCGUGUCCCCAGGGGUGUGUCAGUGUCACUUUGGCUUCGUGGGGGAGAACUGCUCCUCUCAGUGCCGCUGCAACAAGCACAGCAACUGUGCCAACGUGUCCCGGCCAGACGUGUGCCUGGAAUGCCACAACAACACCAUGGGCCCCCACUGUGAGAAGUGCAAGCCUCUGUACGUGGGCUCGGCCCUGGGCGGGGGAACAUGUCGCUCCUGCAGGGAGUUCUGCCGGGGGAACAGUGCUGUGUGUCUGUCCCAGGACCAGCACAGGAAGGCACUGGAGAACCCCCACAACCACCCGCUCGACCCUGACAGAAUCUUGCAGUGGGUGUCGGAGGGCCCCACGGAGGACAGCGCAGUCUGUGUGAGCUGUCAGAACAACAGCGUGGGGGACAAGUGUGAGAGCUGUCUCAGCGGCUUCUUCCUGCUCCAGGGGAAGUGCGACAAGUGUCAGUGUAACGGCCACGCGGACACGUGUAAUGAGAACGACGGCACAGGUUGCCCCUGCCAGAACAACACAGAGACAGCAGCCUGCCUCAGCAACUCACAGAGCGACAAGAAAGACUGCUACCGCCUCCAGUGCGCCAAGUGUAAAGAAACCUUCAACGGCACGCCCGUGAACGGCCGCCAGUGCUACCGGCAACUCAACGUGGACAGCGACGCCUGCUUCGACCCCACCUCCCAGACCAGCUGCUUCCACGAUCCCACCAUCCGCAACCUGCCCCGCGGACGCACCGUCUACUUCUCGGCCCAGCCCAAGUUCACCAACGUGGACAUACGGGUCACCAUCGACGUCACCUUCGGCGAGGUGGAAGUCUACGUGUCCAACUCCCACGACACCUUCAUCGUGGAGGUGGACCGGCAAACGGGCGUGCACGUCAUCAAGAUCGAGGACGAGACGGCGGGCCGAGGAGGAGCAGCCGGAGGGAGGGACUCUCCCCCGUCCCCCAUGAAAGUCUACGCCAACUCCUCGUCCGUCCUGGGGGGCCCCAUCCUGCCCGGCAACCCCCUGCAGCUCCAGGCCAAGGGCCCGGAGCGCGUGGUGAGGGAGGAGCGUGCGGAGGGCCUCAUCUCCUACAUCACGGUGUGGAAGCCCCAGACGGUGCUGAUCGUGCGCGGCGUCCGCGACCGCGUGGUGGUCACCUUCCCCCACGAGGUGCACUCGCUCAAGUCCAGCCGCUUCUACGUGGCCCUGCGGGGGGUGGGAACGGACGAGAGGCAGGGGGAGUCCCAGGGGCUGCUGUUCCUCCGGCAGGACCAGGCCCACAUCGACCUGUUUGUCUUCUUCUCCGUCUUCUUCUCCUGCUUCUUCCUCUUCUUGUCGGUCUGCGUCCUCCUCUGGAAGGUCAAGCAGUUCCUGGAUUUCCGCCGCGAGCAGAGACGCCACAUCCAGGAGAUGACCAAGAUGGCGUCGCGACCCUUCGCCAAGCUCACCGUUUACCUGGAGCCCGACGAGCCCCAGCUCAUCUACCUGCCCUCCACGGGGGGCGGAGGGGUGGGGGGCAGCACCGUGUCCUUGGCCCACGCCCGCACCGGCAAGGUGGUGGUUGGCCAGAGGGGCAGGACGGGAGUGGUGUCCUACAAGAACGACCCGGCCUCCGGCCCUGUCGCGCACCACCACCACCACCUCACCGUGGGCGGGGGGGGCAACAGCGGGCAGCACCUGCCCCUGCACUACCUGAACACCCACCACUACGCCCCCACCACCACCAGCACCCCUGCCUCCCACCACCACCACCACCCGUCCUCCCACAGCGGCUACCAGCACUUCUGCCGCUCUGACCCCUUCCUCUCCCAGCUCAUGGGCUUCUCCUACUCCACCUUCAAGGUGGGGCCCAUCACCCUGGAGCCCACAGACGACGGCAUGGCCGGCGUCGCCACGGUGCUCAUCCAGUUGCCGGGGGGCAUCCUGGCACCCAACCGCGCCUGCCUAGGCUCCGCCCUCGUCACCCUGCGACAGAACCUUCAGGAAUAUUGCGGCCACGGCAACGGAGGGGGGCACCCUGGGACUAGUGGGGGACGCAAGGGCCUGCUGGGGCAUCAGCACCUCACCACUAUGGCUAUGUAGAGAGGGAGAAGAGGGAGGGUUUGGUGACAUGUACAGUAGGUAGAAAAGAGAUUCAUUAUGUGAGGGAUCAAAAAAAACAAGUUAAAAAACCCUGAAGGUCAAUGAAAGCGUCCAGUAAGAAGUAAUGUAUAAAGUAUGGAACGUUUCCCUGUAAAUACUCUGUACAUUUACUGAGUGUCUUUUUUCUUGGAAUAUAUAUUGCUAUAUUCCAAUGCUUCACAUGUCCAAGCCAGCUGCAUAGAAUGCACUACAACAGCUAUACGUAUCUGCUGGACAAAGUUGCAUCUUGCCUGUGUGUUCACCAUGGAGGUUUUGAAUGCAGUCGCCGGUCCAGGCUCACACAGAGACUUUUGCUGGAUGCCUGAAUGACUCCCGCUUGCAUCGGAACCAACGUGCUUUAAACCCAAAAAGUGACAAUCGAAAUUGGCGUUUUGAUUGAAUUAGAGGCAGGGGGGACCAGUUCACCUGAAUGUGCAAAAUGCGAUUGUUGUUGGUUUUAAGAUAGAAGACAUAAAAAAAAGAGUAACAUGAAUAGUAAUUUAAUGAGUAAGGCUUUAAAGCUCAACAUCAAUGUUGUUUCUCCUGAGUAUAUUUUGUCAUAUUCUUUUACAUGCCCUGUUUAUUGUUGAUGUGCACAUCUCCACUCAUUUGCCUUCAAUUCUUGCCUUGUUUGUGAGUCAUCAUGCUUACAUUUAAACACUACAGUUUUGUAUGAUAUCGUGCAGUUUAAAGAGGACCUAACACAAAUGACAUAUAUUUGACAAAAUUCACUAACAUGAGGGUUAAGUGGAUUCGGUUUCCAAUUGAGGAUUAACUUUCUAUGAUAUCAGCAUCUAAUUUAAUUUAUAAAUAGAAAAUACAUGCACACAACGCUUUUUUACUAUGGAACUCCUGCAGGAAUGAAGGAUGUAGAUGUGGCCUAUGACACAUGUUUCCUUCUUGACAUUUUGGACUUCAUCCUCUUCGUAAGAAAUGUAUGAAUGACGCUUGAGCGGGUUGGUUUCCUGGGGAUUGUGCUUUUGAAUUGGUUGUGGAGAUGGAAAUCAGCUGUUGGAAAAUUCCAAUUUGAAAAUGGUUUUGUAGAUGUUUUCAAAAUGUUGUGAAGAAAAAGGGAUAAAAAAAGUUCAAAGUUGUGUCCUCCUGGUGAGAGAUUUGUGACUGAGGUAGUGAAAUCUAACGUGAUGGAUUGGGAAAGCAUAUCAGUAUUGUUUAUUAAGGAGUCUGUUACUUUUGUUUUUUUUCUGUCUUUUUUUGCACUGCGUGGAUACAAACAUACUUCCCAAACAUGUGAAUCACUAAAAGGAUCCCUUCAGUGAAAGGGUUGACUUUAGUUAUCAUGAAAAAAAAUUAUAGUGGAAUUACUUUUGGGAAAGAUUGAAUUAUGAAUGGUGCUACUAGAAAUAGAAAGUCAUUACACGUUGGGUUUUUUCAUUGUUGCUUGUGCAUGUAGCAGUCCUUUUGAGUAUUAUGGUCCAGUUCAAUUGAUAUUGUCACGCUAUUUAUAACAGUCCUCCUUUCCAGUCACAAGCAUUUGUGUAUUAUGGUUUCCUGAUUUCUUUGUUAAAAUGUUAACAUAAUUUCUCAUGUUUUUAUACAUUAUUUUCAUUGCUCUGCUGUUGUAGUUCUUUUUAAAGAAGGGAACAGUUCUGUACAGAAGAUGGUCAUGUUGCCCCAAUAUGUCCUAGUGAAGAGUAGGCCACAAUAAAAUCUGUGAAAGUC